ACACACACACAGACACACACACACACACACACACACACAAGCAAACAGUGGGCAGCUGGCACAGUUAUGCUUCUCUCUGUCAUGUCCGUGAGCCGUGAGCAGAGUCACAACAGAGUGUGACAUCUCAGGCAUCUGUUCUUCUAGCUGGACACUGCAGGAUUCACUGACCUGCAGCACCAACACACACACACACACACACACACACACACACACACUCUAAAGCCACUUGUUUUCAUAGACAUCUUUUGACACAAGCACACACAAAUGUCUUCCCAGCUUCUCAGAAUGAAUUUGCCAAGUAAAUGUCACAAUAUAAUAUCUGCAUAUGGUCUUACUGUGAUUAGAAUGUUUGGACAUACUGUAACAAUGUGUUUAAGUGAGUGCAUCUUCAAUCCGUGUCUUGCUGUAUAUUGCUGAAUAAUGUCUUUCUUUAAUUGCAUAUGGAGAGAUUGUCUUCUUUACAAACUUGGAACAGCACUGCCGCAGAGCCCAAACAACGAGUUAGAAAACAUAUGGUGCUGUCAGCAUUAAUGAAUGAUAAUUUCUGAAGGACUUUAUCAUGCAACAGAAAAACAUCUGCCAAUCUUAUCAGUUCUGGACAGCUUGGGAGUUUGGGAUUGGGGAGGACCGGCCGAGGGAGAACGCCAUGGGCAACGCAGAUGGACAGGCGAUGGUGGGCGGAGCAGGGGUGGAGUCAGGGGCAGGAAGGCAGCGAUUACACUGCUGUGUUCGAGUCACAGCCGUUCAAGUGCGAAAAGCAAUAUGGGGCGUGGCCAUGGUGAUGUGCGUGUGCUCAUCAUGGGCAGGCUCCACCCAGCUGGCCAAGCUGACCUUCAAACAGUACGACGCACCGUUCACUCUCACAUGGUUCACCACCACUUGGAACUGCCUCUUCUUCCCUCUGUAUUACAUUGGCCACCUGUGCAAGAGUCCUGAGAGACAGACACCAAAACAGAGGUUUAGAGAGUGCUGUCGGUUCUUCGGGGACGAUGGACUGACGGCGAAGGUGUUCCUUACUAAAUUGGCCCCUUUCGGCCUGCUGUGGAUUAUGACAAACUACCUGUACCUUCAGGCUCUGAGAAAGAUCAACAGCACAGAUGUAUCAGCCCUCUUCUGCUGUAACAAAGCCUUUGUCUUUCUCCUGUCCUGGAUCGUACUGCGGGAUCGCUUCAUGGGUGUCAGGAUUGUUGCUGCCAUUGUGGCCAUCGCUGGAAUCGUGAUGCUGACCUAUGCUGAUGGCUUUCACAGUCACUCUGUUAUCGGCAUAACGCUUGUAGUGGCCUCUGCAUCUGCCUCUGCCCUUUAUAAGGUGCUCUUCAAGCUUGUCUUGGGCAGCGCCAAGUUUGGAGAGGCGGCUCUGUUUCUGACCAUUGUCGGAGGUGCAAACUUUGUAUUAUUGAGCUUUGUGCCAGUUAUACUGUACUUCACACAUGUUGAGUACUUCACUUCCAUAGCUGAUCUUCCCUGGGCCUACCUGUGUGGAGUAGCUGGACUCUUACUAGCAUUCAAUAUUCUGGUGAAUUUUGGCAUUGCCAUUACAUACCCUACACUCAUUUCACUUGGCAUUGUGCUGAGUGUCCCAGUAAAUGCAGUGGUGGACCUGUACACCUGUGAUAUCCACUUCAACACAGUGCGACUCAUCGCUGUGUUCAUCAUCUGUCUGGGCUUCCUGAUGCUGCUGUUACCAGAAGACUGGGAUCAGUGUUUGAUUGAGCUCGGCACCAAACUCAGAAAGCGGGAACAGCCUGCUGAGACGGCUGAGACUGGAACCAGUUCAGGACUCAAUUGGACCCGACGAGCCAGGACCUCCAUGUCCACGUUUUCCCACUGACACGCACUCACCUUCUGCCAUACAGUGACUGAAUGAUGCUAGGACAAGCAUUCAUUCAUAACAUUUCUCAGUCAACGAGGUUCCAUAGACCAUAAUGUACCAUAAUGCACAUUAUAUCAAAAACUGUCUGAAAGCAUUUUUUGCAGUUUUCCCAACUGUAAGUGGAUUUGAACAAUGAUUUAGGUCUUUAUUUGAAACUCAAGAGCAGUGGUCUCAAACUACUGAUCCAUGGGUUUAUAGGGGAAGUCGUGGCCUAAUGGUUGGAGAGUUGGACUUGUAAUCCAUAGGUUGUGAAUUCGAGUCUUGGGCCAGUAGGGAUUGUAGGUGUGGGGAGUUAAUGUACAGCGCUCUCUCUACUUUCAAUACCAGGACUGAAGUGCCCUUGAGCAAGGCACUGAACCCCCAAAUGCUCCCUGGGCGCUGCAGUGUGUGUGCAGUGUGACUUUGUCACUUUCACCUUCAAAUUUGACCCAUGAAUUGAAUCAUUAAGUGUUAAUAGGCCAUCCUUAAAUCCAGCCCAGCUUUCAUUUUUUACACUUUAUUUAAAAAGAUGUUAACUUUAAUGUAAUAAUAUUUCAAUUUUAUUUUAUAUACUGUUGUAAUUUAAUGUAAAUUAUGUAUUAUAAUUUAUUUUUAUAUAUUUAUUAUUCUCCACAUGGCUUUUAUAGGCCUAAAACUUGAAUGUAAAAUAACAGAAAAGUAAGAAAACUUUGGAUUACAUGCAUCUAUGUAAGACUAGAUGGCUAUUAUUACAAUCAGUGGAGUGGUUUACACUGGGAGCACUUGUUGUGGUAUCUUCAGUGGAUGGAAGAUUCUAUUUUUUAUGCACUAGACUAGAGCUACUCCAACCUUUUUAUUUUGCCUGAUAUAUAUAAAAAUAUUUUAAUAUAUAUGUAGACUGAUUGCUAUCUAAGUCUUUUUAUAUUGAAAAAUGUCUGAUUGUUACGUCAAGGCCAGGUUGUGUUAUUUCCAAUCUUUUUAAUGGCACUGCUACCUGCCUCUGCAAGGAGGAAAUUGCAGUUGCAGUAAUGCAAUUGCAGGCAUCAUUACUCCACUAACCAUGAGCAUCAUGCUACAGGUAUAGGUAUGAAGGAAAGAUGUAUCCA